GAGAGAGAGAGAAAGAGAGAGAGAGAGAGAGAGAGAGAGAGAGAGAAAAGCCACUACUCCGGCGGUGAGAGCAGGCACUGAACUCGCAUCUGUUCCAGGAGUACCGAGUCCUCAGCAACUUUUCCAGCUUCUCCCUCGAAAUAAGAAAGUGAAGGGAUUGCAGAGCUGUGUGGCUAACCCCGUCUGUGAAAGUGAAACUUAGCUUACAGCGACCCUUCAAACACAGGUUGUCCAACAUAUGGCAUCUACAGCUGGGCUGCUACUGUCAGACCAGGUUGGAGGACAAUCAACUGCAACUGCUGCUGCCACUACUGGUGUGUCUUGUGUGGUGUGGGCUUUCUCACGUUGCGGUGGACACACACACACACAUACAGGAGCUUGCCCGGUCCUGCCCCCUCUCUCUCUCUCUCUCUCUCUCUCUCUCUCUAUCUCUAUCUUUCCCUCUCUCUCUGGCACAUACACACACACACACACUCAGAGCGAGAGGCAGUGUGUGAGUGGCGGAUCCUGUCGUGUGGAGUGUACUGAAGAGAGGAGAAGAGAGGAGCGGAGCGGCAGACUCUACCAUGCCAGUGCAGGGAGAAAGGCUGAAGCGCUGUCUCUCUCUCUGUUUCUGGAGCCGGAGUCCUCUGCUGUUGCUUGGACUGUUCUCUCUGCAAUCACAAGCGUACGGCAAUAUAUUGGACAGUAUGCUGCUAAGAGCAUCCAGUAAAGAGGCAGUAGAGAGUGGGAAGGAGGCGAGUGGCAGCACAGCUCCUGCUUCAUCCUCGCAAAGACUACUGUGGUGUCACUGCUAUCACCACUGCCCGGAUGAUUCAACUAAUAAUACAUGCAGGACGGAUGGCUACUGUUUUACCAUGGUGGAGGAAGAGGGAGGGGUACCGGUCCAGACUGCAGGUUGCCUGGGGCAGGUUGGAUCAGAGUUUCAGUGCAGGGACACAUGGAGCUCACGUCAAAGGAGAUCACUGGAAUGCUGUACAGACCAAGAUUACUGUAACAGAAACCUGCAUCCUACACUGCCACCACUCAAGCCACCUCUCUAUGUAGAUGGAAAGAUCCACCACAUGGCCUUGUUGAUCUCAGUCACAGUGUGCAGCAUCAUACUAACUGUUAUUAUUGUCCUCUGCUACUUCAGAUAUAAGCGCCAGGUGUCUCGUCCUCGGUACAGUAUUGGUCUUGAACAGGAUGAGACCUACAUUCCCCCAGGAGAAUCUCUGAAGGACUUGAUAGAGCAGUCGCAAAGCUCUGGCUCAGGCUCAGGGCUCCCUCUAUUGGUGCAGAGAACGAUAGCCAAGCAGAUUCAGAUGGUGAAGCAGAUAGGCAAGGGGAGAUAUGGAGAGGUGUGGAUGGGCAGGUGGAGGGGAGAAAAAGUGGCUGUGAAAGUUUUUUUCACCACUGAGGAGGCCAGUUGGUUCAGAGAGACUGAGAUCUACCAGACUGUCCUGAUGAGACAUGAGAACAUACUGGGUUUUAUAGCUGCAGAUAUUAAAGGAACUGGCUCUUGGACCCAACUCUACCUAAUCACCGACUACCAUGAAAAUGGCUCUCUGUAUGACUACCUCAAAUCAACGACUCUAGACAAUAAAGCCAUGCUGCGACUGGCCUACUCGUCUGUAUCAGGCCUUUGUCACCUCCACACUGAGAUCUUUGGCACACAGGGCAAACCUGCUAUUGCUCACAGGGAUCUGAAGAGUAAGAACAUACUGGUGAAACGAAAUGGGACCUGCUGUAUAGCUGACCUGGGACUGGCAGUCAAGUUCAUCAGUGAUACCAAUGAAGUAGACAUCCCUCCCAAUACCAGAGUGGGUACGAAGCGCUACAUGCCUCCAGAGGUUCUGGAUGAGACUCUGAACAGGAGUCAUUUUCAGUCAUACAUCAUGGCAGACAUGUACAGUUUUGGCCUCAUCCUCUGGGAGAUUGCUCGGCGUUGUGUGUCAGGAGGUAUCCUUGAAGAGUACCAGUUGCCGUAUCAUGAGUUGGUCCCUACAGACCCUUCAUAUGAAGACAUGAGAGAGGUGGUCUGCAUCAAGAGACUACGGCCAUCCUUCCCUAAUCGAUGGACCAGCGAUGAGUGUUUGAGACAGAUGGGAAAGCUGAUGACAGAGUGCUGGGCUCACAACCCAGCCUCCCGCCUCACAGCUCUGCGGGUCAAAAAGACACUUGCCAAGAUGUCAGAAUCACAGGAUAUCAAGCUGUGAGCGGGCACUGCCAGGUGUGUGUUACACACAUAGAAAGGGCACUAAUAAUCAUGCUUGCUCUGGUCCAGGCUGACCAAUACCUUUUUUCCUGGGGAAAGGAGGUGAGACAGGAAGCAAGAAGAUCACAUGGGGAUUGCAGGAUCACAAAGUCCAGAAACCCACAACUCUGCAACACAAGUCCCCAUUGGAAAAUUUAUGACAGGACUAAGGUGUUUUACUAAAUUAAUAAAAAAAAAACCAAGACAACAGGCCUUGUGAGGCCCUGUUCUGUCCAUCAGAGAAGAUGAGACAAUUUCAUUUCAGACUAGUGAGAGGACUCUAAAACCAGAUAUAGGUUCCUGUCCACAUGCUCCAAAGGCCUUGGAGAAAGAGAUUGAGUUUGACCUGGCAUGGUAGCUCCAGAGUUACACAAACAAGCUACUGACCAGUGAGUGGAAUACUAUAUCACUGCUUUCUGUGAAAGCUAACUUACCUGUAGAUGAAGAUCUGAUUGAUAGAGCGGAAGGGAUGUGCUUAAAGGCAAUCUGUAAUUGCAGCAUGACACCUCCUUUCAAAACACUGUCACCCCACCACUGGCUUUAUGUUUUAAUUGGAUUGAACACAUUGUUGUCACUCUCAAAUUGACUGCUUUUGGUUACAAGGACUGACACUAUGUGAGAGGGGGAAAAAAGUGUAUUUUGAGGCUUUAAAAGUUUUGUUUAUGCUGGUAAUGUUUGUAGACACUGAAGAGAAGAUAUACCUGUAUUUUUGAGUUGUGAUGGGUUAUGAAAGUUGUAAAAGCGUAUUUUCCAUGUAAAACUCAAACUCUUUAAGACUAUAUGUGAAAAAUAAAGUUUAUGUCCAAAUGAA